AUGGGUGAAAAGGAUAAGAAAGACAAGAAAGAAAAGAAGGACAAAAAGGAUAAGAAGGACAAGAAAGAGGACAAGGAAGAGAAGAAGGAAAAGAAAGAGAAAAAGGAGAAAAAAGAGAAGAAGGAUAAAAAGGACAAAGAUGAUGACUCUGAGGAAGACAAGGCAGCUAAAAAGGCAGCCAAGAAGGAGCGAAAGAAGAGUAUUAAUGCUGGAGAGAAACCUCCACCAGCUCUAAGCGGUGGAAAUGAUCCUCUCUCCAAAGCUGAAAGGCUAUUCCGUAAGGGAGUCUUCAAGAAGAAGGAAAAUGUCAGCGUCAAGCUGUACGAGGCUCCAGAAGCGAUCCAUCCUUCGGAAGAUGCCAGACGUUUUCAGGAUAUCACAGAUGAGGAUCUCCUGAAAUCUUGUAAGAAACUCUUCAAGAUGCUCAAUCUUGAUCCUUGGAAUGAAGCAACUAGGUACGAUGAUGAUGAUACUUGUGAUGUUCUAAUUGAUCAUCCAGAACCUUGCUCGGUCAAAUUCGAAUUUGAAGGGUUCUCGGGAUGUAUCUAUCCUCUUUCUAUGUUGUGUGCUUUGCAAGCGUCCAAGGAUGCUGCUGAAUUGGCGUAUGAGGCAUUCAAACCCUGCAUCAAGGAAACUGAUUUGUGGGUGGGAACACCCUUUCACUACGCUGCAGCCUACAAAGCACCUGCGGAAACGGUAGAGUUCCUCAUCGCCAAGGAACCUCAAGGAGUUGAAACCACAAACUACUACGGCCGAACUCCUCUCCACAUGGGAGCUUUGUUCAAGGCACCUGCUGACUCGAUGAAACUGAUUGCGGACAAAUUCCCCAAGGCAGCGCAAAUCAAGGACAAGGAAGGGUACACUCCACUCCACUUGGCCUGUGAGAACGGUGCUUCCGCGGAAGUUGUCAAGCUUCUAUUGAAGACAUUCCAAAAGGCAUGUUUCGCCAAGUCACAAUACGACAUGACACCCAUCCACUUUGCUUGUUCGCAAAAUGCCGAUCCUGCCGUCAUCAAGGCACUAUUAGUCGACGGUGAUCCAGAUACCUGCCGCAUGACAGAUAUGCUGGGCCAUACUCCGCUGCACAUGGCUCUCAUGGGAUUGGCUCCGUACGAAGUCAUUGAAUUGUUGGUGGCCAGUGCGCCGGAUACGGUUGUGGCCAAGACACAAAAGGGAGAACUUCCACUGGAAAUUGCGUUACGGAAGAGAGCACCUACUGAGGUCAUGGAACUCUUGGCAAAGACCAUUGAUAAAUUGGCUGGAUAG